CAAAACAGCAAAAUAAAAUACUUUUUGUUUAUCAAUUUUCUAUGCGCGCAACGACAACAAUAAAUUAUCUUUUUCUUUGAUUGAAUUUAUCCCAAAAGUCUGAAAUUAAACAGAAAAUCAUUGAUUUAUAAGAAAUGUCUAUUUCGCUGGAUGUUAGUUUUCUAUCCAGCGAAGGCUUCUCCAUUAAACCACCUGCAACGAUAUUCGAUGAGAUCGAAGGUCUCUUUGCCGCAGACAAGGAUUUCUCUCCUAAUGUGCCAUUGUACAACGACGCUGCCUCCGCAGGUGAAAAAUUAGACUCGCAUUUUCUUAAACCCCAACGAGAUACAGCUUCCUCAUCGCUUCAUGAUGCCAAAUCAUGUGACAUACCAUCACUUGUGAGUUCGGAUUUCCUUCUCAACGAAGAGGCUCACGAGGACCAACAAUUGUUUAUGGUGGAGCCGUAUGGACUAAAACCCAUAACGUCACCUUUUAUGGUUCCAGGAAUCUACAAGAGAAUCCCUCACACCACAAGAAUUGAGCCCGAACAACCAGCAGACAAGGUGACAUCGAAAAAUGUCUUCAUAUGUUCCACCGAGAAGACUGGAAAGAUUUUAGCCGCAAGUGUAUUCAAAGAUGCUUACAUUAAUUUAGAAGAAGAGGCAUUGGAACCGGAGCCUAUAUCCCCGGAAGUUAAGAAACCGGUAGCACCUCAGGUGCCAGAUAGCUUGACGAUGCUGGCUUACGACAUCCUUAAACUAUCAAACAGAGAUAACAUCGUUAUUGAUAGGGAGAGGAACGAGAUCAUCCGUCACGAAGGUGAACUCAAUCGGAAGACCAUCUAUCGGUUCCUGACUCCCAAAACACUAGGUCUGUCAUCAGAGAUGCUGGCGUCUCUUUUACAGAACGAAUCCCAUCGAGAAAUUAUGCCACCAGUUAAAUCCAAAAGAGGCAGACCCCGUAAAAACAAAGAGCCCGGAAAACCACCUCCUCCUACUUCAAGCCAAUCCGUACCACAACCUCCUGAGAAAUCCCAGCCAAAAGUAACUUCUCCAGUCAAAGUGCAAAGAACACGCUCAGGCAGGAUAGUCAAGUCAGCAUUAGAACCACCUCCAACUCGGCCACCCGAACCAGACCCAGAACCCGACAAUGCAGAGCCUGAAAAUGCCGCCUCAUUCAUGCGAAACUUCCUGCGAGAUCUUAAAGACUCCGAAUACGAAACAAAAUCGAGUCCACCACCUCCAACCCUGCCGGAGUCACCCGUUCGGCCGAAAACUCGAAAUUUAUCAGCAGACUCCUACUGUCCUACGUGCAAUAAAAUAUUUCUGGGCAAACGAAUGCAACACCACUUCCAGGCCUUCCCCGACCAUCGACCCAAUACGGAUCGUCAGAAAAUUCUCGAGGAAAUGUCGCUUUUCAAGUUUCUUGUGGGCAAAGUCCAGAAUACAUCACAGGACCAACGCGCUGAUGUCUUUCUCAACGAAAUCUCAGACCUCGUCGAACAACUUCAGGCUCGAAGUUCCAGAAUGAUCCGAAACACUUCCGGACUGCAAUUUGUCAAUUCAAAAACUUCCAAAGUUCUUGGCAUCCCAGAAGGUCAUUAUUCGCUCGAUGUGAAUUCGAUUGAUGCUCCUCCCGAUCCGAUUGUUCAUUUCGAGAAUCUAGCUCCACCACCGGUGAUAGUUCCUCGGCUGGAUUAUAAUUUGAGUAUGUCACUGGAUGACACAUCGACAGAAGCCAAAAUGCAUCUCUCCGGAGCGAUUGCCUCCGAGGAGAGUCUUCUCCGGACUGUCGACGAUCUCAUGAAGGAAGGAAUGAAAAAGUUAGAUCAUGAUCUGCUGCAUCCAGCUGAGCCGCAAGUGAUUCAUUACGAUCAUGGCAGUGAUAAUGCCGUCGAGGCUGUUUCGAUGAAGGAAACCUCACAAGGAACACCCAUACUGGAUCUCUCAUUGGAUUUGUUUCAAUUUAAUAGCAAUUAAAAAUAGUUAAGGUGUAAAACAUGUGAAGCCUAACCAUAAGGUUUGUUUGGAACAAAGUAAUAGGCUAUUGGCUGUGUCCUCCACU